CAAACAUAUGUUAUUGACAUCAUAAUAAUGUAUUUAUGUGAUAAUUUUGCUGACGGGAUACGAAGUUUAAAAACGCUCGACAACACUUUUGAUAACUGAAAUUCAUAUUCAUUUACGAUUAGACAUAAAGUGGUCGUUACAGAUCACAUAUUGUGUAAUCCCAUUGUAUCUAGUUACAGAAAUGAAGGGCUUCGUAUUAGUUCUGGGGUGCUUGAUUGCCAUCCAGAAUGCUCAAGGUUGGAGGAACUUCAAUCGCGGCCGUUCCAAAGGCGGAAACUUGGGUUUACCAGCAGGUGACGCUGUGCGUGGGAGCGAAAGUGAAAAAGUAACGACAGAGUGGUUCACGCAGUACUUGGAUCAUUUCAAUCCCAAUGACGGUAGAACGUGGAAACAGCGGUACUAUGUGAACGACCAGUACACAAGCAAACGAAGAGAUGUGGCUUUUCUAAUGAUAGGCGGGGAAGGAGAAGCCUCCAUUGAGUGGAUGACAAAAGGGGCAUGGAUAAAUUAUGCGAAAAAGUUUAACGCCAUCUGUUUUCAGUUAGAACAUAGAUAUUACGGAAAGAGCCAUCCUACAUCAGAUUUGAGUACUAAAAAUCUGCAGUACUUGACCAGUCAACAAGCAUUAGCAGACUUAGCGUUUUUCAUCGACGAAAUGAAUAAGAAACAUGAGUUGUCGAAAAAUGUGAAAUGGAUAGCAUUUGGUGGUUCCUAUCCUGGUUCUUUAGCAGCUUGGGCUCGUCAGAAGUACCCACACUUAGUAUAUGGAGCAAUGUCUGCCAGUGGCCCAUUGCUAGCUAAAGUUAACUUUUCAGAAUAUUUCACUGUAGUAUACGAUGAUCUCAAAGACACAGGUGGUGACAAAUGCUUGUCAGCCGUCAAGCAAGCUUUCUACCAAGUGGAUUUGCUGACUCGGCAUAUGGUCGGACAGCGGAAUUUAGACAAAUUGUUUUUCCUAUGCGAUAGUAUCGCCGGAGGUGGCAGUAAUCACGAUGAUAUCUCUAAUCUGAUGGACUCCUUGAGUGGACGAUUUGCGGAUGUGGCACAGUAUAAUAAGGACAAUAGGUUCAGUAAGAUUCCUAACAACAUAACUCUCGAUACGCUAUGCGACAUAAUGGUGAACGAAAAGCUGGGACCUGAGGUCAAUAGGUUGGCUGCUGUCAACAGUUUGAUGAUGAAGCGGUACAACCAGACAUGUUUGGAUUACAAGUACGACAAGAUGGUCAGCGAUAUGAAGAAUGUUAGCUGGGAAAGUGAGGUUUCAGAAGGAGGAAGGCAAUGGUAUUACCAGACCUGUACAGAAUUCGGAUUCUAUCAAACAACGGAUGCUAAGCCACAAAUUUUUGGAGACGAAAACGGUGUAGAUUUCUACGUCAAGCAGUGCACUGAUGUGUUCGGACCGGAGUUCAAUCUGACCACCGUCGAGAGAGGAGUUGAACGUUCAAACAUUUUGUACGGAGCUUUGGAUAUACAAGUCAGCAAUGUGAUAUUUGUACACGGGAGUUACGACCCUUGGCACGUAUUAGGAAUCACACGGUCAAAUAAGCCACUCUCACCAGCUAUUUACAUUGACUGUAAGUUCAAUAGCCAUAGUCAACAUUUGAUACCUAAAAUCAAGUAAAAUCACAACAAAUCGCGUGACAGAAGAACGCCUAUGCUGAGAGAGAGAAAAUAUACAGGGUGUCCGCAAAGUUGGGGUUUUUCUUUUCACACAAAACUACGCUU